CAAUCACACAAAAAUGUUGCGAAAGUUACAGGGUGGUCGUAACAUUCCCACAGAUCCCUAUAAAAACUCCCGCCGGAGCAGGGGAGGGGGGAGAGGUUAGGGAGAAAGCCGGCAGAGGAGGGGAGGAUGAGGAGCUCUUCCUACAGCACGAAGACCACCUCCGUAAGCAGAUGCAACAAGAGCGGCCCGAGGGUCCAGAGCCCUUCCCCGUCCCGCCACCGGUCCCACUCCAGCGAGUCCCUGGCAGGGGGAAGGGGCCGCUCCAGGGGGCCGGCGGUGGAGAGGAAUGAGAAGGAAGAGAUGCAGCAACUGAACGGCAUCUUCGAAGGUUACAUCGACAAGGCGAGGAGCCUGGAGCGGCGCAAAGGGCAGCUACGGCAGGAGGCGGCGGCGCUGAGGGAGCGCCUCAGAGAGCCCGGGGGGCCGGAGGCAGAGUACCAGCAGCAGCUGAAGGAGCUGAGGGAGUUGGUGGAGGAGCUGGCACACCGGAAAGGGCUGGCUAAGAUCGAGACCGGCAACGUCCAGGAACACAUCAACUGCUGGAGGCUGAAGUGUCAGGAGGAGCUGGAUCUACAGGGUGAAGCCGAGAGGGUCUUGCGGGAAUUCCAGAAGGAUGUUACUGAUGCCAACCUGCGGAAAGCGGAGCUGGAGAGGAAGAUGGAGGAGGUGGCGGGCGAGAUGGGAUUCCUGAAGUUGCUGCAUGAUGAAGAGGUGACCGACCUGACCCGUCAGAUCGAGGAGUCCAAGGUGUCGGCCGAACUUGAGUCGGCCCGUCCGGAUCUGGGAGCGGCCUUGAGGUCCAUCCGGGUGGAGAUGGAAGAGAUUUCCGCCAGGAACCUGAGAGAUACCGAGGCCUGGUACAAGAGCAAGCUGAACAGCCUCCAUCAGCACGCCAGCAGGUUCGACGGGCAGAUCCAGACCACCAAGGAGGAGAUCAACAUCCUGCAGCGGGAGACAGACGAGCUGGAGAGCGAGAUCAACUCCCUCCGAAGCAUCAACCAAUGCCUGGAGGACCAGCUGGACGACAUGGAGACCAGGCACCUGGGGAAAGCAGCCAACCUUCAACAGGCCAUCUCCCAGUUGGAGUUCCAUCUACGGGAGACCCAGUCCCAGAUGUCCCGGUACCUGCAGGAGUACCAGGACCUGCUGCACGUUAAGGUGAAGCUGGACGCUGAGAUUGCGACGUACAGGAAGCUAUUGGAAGCCGAGGAGGACAGACUGGGGCUGAUUCACAAGUCUGAAGCAGGCGCAUCCUCUGUAAUGCGAGAGAAGAGAACAGAAUCCAUCACUCGUAAUGUGGAGAAGCACAUGACGUUCAAAGUGACUGCCUAAGGCGAGACAGAGGACCCACGACUUCACCGUCACACAUACAAUUAUGACUGGGGUCCACCCAGUAUUAAUAUCUCAGUUCGUCAUUACAAUUUUAAAAUGUUAGGUGUUCACACAAUGACAUUGAGGUUUUUCUUUAACUGUGCUUCACUGAAUGAAGUAGACACGUAAUUAAUGUGUGGUCAUUCCACAUUGUGUCACCUUGAAUUGCGCAUCUAGGGCUUCUUGAUGUAACAUGAAGGUGAUGGUAGUUAGCAGGUCAGCCAAUAACUGUGUCAAUAAAGUAUAACUAUUGUGCACUAGCUCGCUCUUCUUCCAAACCCUGAGAAUCAGAUACAGACAUUAUAUCGGGAACCAAGAGGGUUUUUGGGUCAAAACCUUUUCAUGCAUUGCGGCAGUUCCUUGUGGGAUUGGGAAGGUUGGGGGAAGAGUCAUUUGGCCUUUGGAAUGGGGGGGAUGGGAUUAGCCUGGCAGCCUGCUGAAUGAAUUGAUGUUGGAUCUGUGACUGAACUCCAUGCCACUUUAUCACUAAAUCUACAACCCAGAAGAUUCAGAUUUAUGGCCUCAGGACUCCACUGCUCAACCUGAAAGGCCAGAGGUUAGUAGGUUUGGUAACCUUGGUUUUAAGGAACAGAAGCUUUUUGACUCCUCCUGUCCUUUUAUAGUGUCAUACAGCACGAAAGAGGUCAUUUGGCCCAACUUGCCCACACCAACCAUGGGUCCCCCAUCUACAGUAAUCCCACCUGCCCGUGUUUGGCCCACAUCUCUCUAAACCUUUCCUAUCCAUGUACCUGUCCAAAUGUCUUUUAAAUGUUGUUUCCAUUUCUGCCUCCCCUACCUCGUCCGACAGCCCAUUCCAUAUACUGUACCCAUCACCCAAAACGUUGCCCCUCAGAUUUCAGUUAGAUCUUUCCCUCACCUUGAACAUGUGGUCUCUGGCUCUUGAUUCGCCUACUCUGGGUAAAAUACACUGUGCAUCUACCCUAUCUAUCCCCCUCAUGAUUUUAUACACCUCAAUAAUAUCACCUGUCAUUCUCCUAUGCUCCAAGGAAUAACAUCGUAGCUUGCACAACCUCUCCCUGUAGCUCAAGCCCUCAAGUCUUGGCAACAUCCUCGUAAAUCAUCUCUGCACUCUUUCCAGCUUAACAAUACAUUUCCUACAAUAGAAUGACCAAAUCCGAACACAAUACUCCAACUGUGGUCUCACCAGCGCCUUGUACAGCUGUAACAAAACUGCCAAUCAGUUAGAUCAUGGUUUUGUCUUGAGUAUUUAUUCAUCCCACACUCGUAACAACUCUUCCCUGACCCAAACACUAGGGACAAUUAAAAGGAGCCAAUUAUCCCACCAACCAUGUCUUUGGUAUGUAGGGGGAAACUAGAAAACAUGAAGAAAGCCCACACGGUCACAGGGAGAACACACAAACACCACACUGACAGCCCCAGAGGUCAGGACUGAACCGGGUCUCUGGCAUUGUGAGGUGGUGGUUCUGGUCGCAUCACUGUGCCUCUUGAACCAUGGCAGCCUUCCUAUUGGGAGCAUUCACAGGGCACUGUGGAACAGGGAUGCCAGGACAGGAGAAUAUCUGGUUACAGGUCAGAAUAUGGCAUGACCUGGAGGGAACUUGCAAGAGAUGGCUCUGUAGCAUUGCCUGUCCCUGCUGCCCUUGUCCUUUGUUGUGGCCGAGAUCACGGGCUUGGAAGGUGGAACAUCUUGAUGCAAAAUGAAGAAUGUAAUUAGCAGAGACACCAAAUUCUGGAGCAACUCAGCAGGUCAGGCAGCAUCUCGGGAUGCAUCAAUAAAGCAUGGCAGAUGCACACUGGCAUUCGACACACCUGUUCAAACAUAGGACAUAAAACAGUAGAGCACAAGAGAAGACACAAUGCUGGAGUAACUCAGCAGGUCAGGCAGCAUCUCUGGAGAACACAGAUGGGUGAUGUUUCUGGUCGGGACCAUCUCCAGACUCAGGAACAGCACAAGAACAGGCCCACUGAACUUAUUCAAAGCGACACAGCAGGGAAAUAUUCUCCUCAACUCCUCCCAUCCACAUAUUCUACCACUUACCUACACACAGUAGCUAAUUAUUGGGAUUGGAUUAUAAUGGUCAUGUACAUCGAGAUACGGUGAAAAACAUUUGCAUGCUAUUCAGCCCAUUCACACAAUACAGGAGUACAAUAAAGCACUGCACAAAUAGAAUGUGCAAUUCACAGCUCCCGAAGACCGGAGAGCCAAGGAGGGAGCCGCUGGCGACAAUGGACUUGAGUCGGCUGAUAGGAGAGGGAUUGGGAUAUUGCCUCCAGCACCUUUAAGGUCAGCUGCAAGAGGCGCCCCUGGGACAAAGAGGCGGUAGGACGAGGAGAGGGAUGUCGGGUUGUGAGCCUGCAGCAACCUGGGACUUACCUGGAUCGAGGACUCUACAGUACUUCCAACACGUGCAUCGGACUUUGGAUUUAUUCUUUUUCUUUGUAAACGGCGCCAAAACUGUGCAUUUGUGGGUUGUGCAAACGAAUUUCACUGCGAUGUGCAUACGUGACAAUAAAGAACCAUUGAAGUACAACAGAUAGUGCAAGUGAUUCCAGGGUGUAGAGUGUCGCACCAUUACAGCAUCACUAUUAGAGAAAGUCAGAUUUUAACGAAUGCAAGAUAUGCAAUUAGGUA